UGGCGCCCGGCGAGGGUGCCAGACCCAUCGAGAGAGGGCGGGUUGGGGUCAGCUGCUGCAGGCGGGCGGGCGCGGGAGCUGUGGGCGGCCGCCGCCUCGUCUUUUGCUGCGGCCCUCCCUCCGCCACGAUGCCGGGGAUCGACAAGCUGCCCAUCGAGGAGACGCUGGAGGACAGCCCGCAGACAAGGUCUUUACUGGGUGUAUUUGAAGAAGAUGCUACAGCUAUUUCCAACUAUAUGAACCAGUUGUAUCAAGCUAUGCAUCGGAUUUAUGAUGCACAGAACGAAUUAAGUGCAGCAACACACCUGACUUCAAAACUUUUAAAAGAAUAUGAAAAACAGCGUUUUCCACUGGGGGGUGAUGAUGAAGUUAUGAGUUCUACUUUGCAACAGUUUUCAAAAGUUAUAGAUGAGCUUAGCUCUUGUCAUGCGGUACUUUCAACACAGCUUGCUGAUGCCAUGAUGUUCCCCAUUACCCAGUUUAAAGAAAGAGAUCUGAAAGAAAUAUUGACAUUAAAGGAAGUGUUUCAGAUUGCUAGUAAUGAUCAUGAUGCUGCAAUUAACAGAUAUAGCAGAUUGUCAAAAAAAAGAGAAAACGACAAGGUGAAGUAUGAAGUAACAGAAGAUGUCUACACUUCCAGAAAAAAACAACACCAGACCAUGAUGCAUUAUUUUUGUGCAUUAAAUACUCUUCAAUACAAAAAGAAAAUAGCAUUGUUAGAACCUCUACUUGGGUACAUGCAAGCUCAGAUAAGUUUCUUUAAGAUGGGUUCUGAAAAUCUCAAUGACCAACUGGAAGAAUUCUUAACUAAUAUUGGAACAAGUGUACAGAAUGUUCGCAGGGAAAUGGACAGCGAUGUAGAGACCAUGCAGCAAACAAUAGAGGAUUUGGAAGUAGCCAGUGACCCCUUGUAUGUGCCUGACCCAGAUCCCACAAAAUUUCCUGUUAAUCGAAACUUAACCCGAAAGGCUGGAUACCUUAAUGCUAGGAAUAAAACAGGCUUGGUGUCAUCUACCUGGGACAGACAGUUUUACUUCACACAGGGUGGAAACCUAAUGAGUCAGGCCCGUGGGGACGUAGCAGGAGGCCUGGCCAUGGACAUAGACAACUGUUCAGUAAUGGCUGUGGACUGUGAAGACAGGCGAUACUGUUUUCAGAUCACUUCUUUUGAUGGCAAAAAGUCUUCAAUUUUGCAAGCAGAGAGUAAAAAAGACCAUGAAGAGUGGAUCUGUACAAUAAAUAACAUAUCUAAACAGAUAUAUUUAAGUGAAAACCCAGAGGAAAUUGCUGCACGGGUAAAUCAGUCAGCUUUGGAAGCUGUCACUCCUUCCCCGUCUUUCCAGCAGAGGCACGAGAGCCUGCGGCCAGCAGGACAAUCUCGGCCACUGACAGCUCGAACCAGCAGUUCAGGAUCCAUAGGAUCUGAGCCCACAAAUUUGGCUGCCCUCUCUCUAGAUUCUCUCGUUGCUCCAGACACCCCAAUACAGUUUGACAUCAUUUCUCCUGUGUGUGAAGAUCAGCCUGGCCAGGCAAAAGCCUCUGGCCAGGGAGGCAGGCGUACAAAUCCAUUUGGAGAAUCUGGAGGAGGUACAAAAUCUGAAACUGAAGAUUCUAUUCUUCAUCAGUUGUUUAUUGUCCGAUUCCUUGGUUCUAUGGAGGUGAAAUCAGAUGACAAUCCAGAUGUUGUUUAUGAAACAAUGCGCCAAAUCUUAGCUGCCCGGGCCAUCCAUAACAUCUUUCGUAUGACAGAAUCACAUUUAUUAGUCUCCUGUGAUUGUUUAAAGUUAAUUGAUCCACAGACACAAGUUACAAGGCUCAUGUUUCCAUUACCCAGUGUAGUUUUGUAUGCUACACACCAGGAAAAUAAGAGGCUUUUUGGAUUUGUUCUUCGGACAUCAGGAGGGAGAAGUGAAAGUAAUCUGUCAUCAGUCUGCUAUAUAUUUGAAUCAAACAAUGAGGGUGAAAAGAUUUGUGAUUCUGUUGGACUGGCAAAACAGAUAGCUUUGCAUGCAGAACUGGAUCGCAGGGCAUCAGAAAAACAAAAAGAAAUAGAGAGAGUAAAAGAGAAGCAACAGAAAGAACUCAGUAAACAAAAACAAAUUGAAAAGGACUUAGAAGAACAAAGUCGGUUGAUAGCUGCUUCCAGUAGACCAAACCAAGCCAGUAGUGAGGGGCAGUUUGUUGUCCUUAGCAGUAGCCAGUCAGAAGAGAGUGAUUUGGGAGAAGAAGGAAAGAAGAGAGAAUCAGAAGCAUAAACUUAUCCUUACUUUUUGGUUGAUAUUCGCCCCCCACCCCUUUGAAUUUGUUGACAAUUUCUGUGGUGAAGUGGCACAAGGUAACAACAAUGCUGAACUAUCAAGGAGACUAAAAUUUAUAUUUGCUUGUUUAUUUUAACUUCAUUUUUUAAACUAUGACUAACCUUGAUAACUUAGGUUUGCAUUGAUUUUUUUUUUCCCUUAGAAAUAAUAUACUAUGCAGUAACUUCAAAUUCCACAUGUCUAAAAGAAACCUGUUCAUAUCCCUGAAGUAGAUUGCUGAGGAAUUACAGUUGCUCAAGCCUGUUCUUCCUUCAAAUUGUGAACUUAUUACCUUGCAUUGUAAUUGGCUGUGACCAUAAGAAAUCAUUUAUUCUUCAGCUUCAGGUAUUCAUGGAUAUGUUCCCUCUCUUUCAUUAGGAACAAUUGCUGGCAGUGAGGAAGCUUUUGACUGAAUAGGUUUAAAAUCCUUAUACAGAUAAUUCUACAAGUUUGCAAAUAUUUUAACAAUGUUAAAUGUGCAAUAGAACUUUUACAAAAUAAUUAGAAUAGAGAUUUUAGACUUAAGGUUUCAAGUUGUGGCAGGUGGUACUGUUGAUUUCAGGGCAUUUUCUUGGAUUGCUCGCAUUUCUCUGAUGUACUACACCUGAUGCCAGUGGGAAAGAAGCUUAAGUGUCUUCAGUUCAAGAUUGCUACAGCCCUUGGCAUUUUAUUAUCACAUUCUUAGUUCUCAGGUUGGGACUUGAAUUGUUGCUGCAGAGCAGUAAUGGUUAAAAUAAGAUUUUGGAAUUUAUUAAAAGGGAUUUUUUUUUUUGUUCAAAUACAUUUUAGAUUAGGAUUUAACAUGUAAAGAUAUUGUUACAGGAUACAUGGUAUUUUCUGCAUUGUGUGAAAUAAUUUUUAUUGAAAAUCAAGUGACAUUUAGAAAGAAGUUCUAUAGCAAUUGUUUCCUGCUUAAAAAUUCUCAGAAUUUAGUUUAAAAAUGUAAUCUUUUAAAUUUCAGACUGAUAGCCCACAGUAUUUUCAUAAUUCCAUGUUUUUAUAAAAUACUGAUCAUCACUUUAUAUCUGUGAAGGCAAAUAAUAUAUGAGAAUAGAAUAAUUUGCACUAAUUAUUGUUAAUACUUGUCCUCUUUAAGUAAGUAGAGUGAAAGGUCUAAUUCCAUGAAAGACUGAAAAGCAAUUGAGUGCUUGUUAUAGGAGAGUCAACCCAGGAAGGAUUUUAACCUGGUGCCAAGGUUAAAAUGACAUUUCUCUACUGCCUAAUUCUGUGUCAAAACUUUUUUUUUUUACCUUGGAUUUUUAACAUUGCUGAUAGAAAUUAUGUUCCUGUGUUUCACAUGUAAAAGUAUAUAUGGCCAAGUUAAAUAUAUUGAAUAAAAUAUUUUACACAGUCAUGCAUUUAAAGUUUUCAAGAGAUUAGCCACUAAGACUAAUUUUACAAGGGAAAAGCCUUUUGUUAUUUAACAUAUAAUUUUUUCUUUUUAGUUCUGAUUUAGAAAUGGCAUAUAGUUCUCACAAUAUAGUGUGGGUGUUUCACACUGUAUAUACAUUGUUUUCUGUAGGAACGGGAUAGAUAAUUAUAUAUAGUAUCAUGAUUUUUUUUAGCCAUGUGCCAAAUGGGAAUAAUGAUUACUUAAUCAUUAUUUUGAAGCCUUAUGUUACCAAAACAUAUAGUAAAAAAGUAGAAAUUUAUGGAAUACUUUUUGAAAGAAGUUUAUUUUGUCCUUGCUAAAGGGAAUGCUUUCACAGUAGUUUGUGUAUCAUUCCUUUUGUAGAAAUUGAAAUUUCUUCUGUGGUCAGCAUUUGCUUAGUCACGGCAGGUCCUGCUUUUAAGACCUUUUUGAGAAUUAGUAAGCUUUUUGUUUCAGUAAGUCUUCUACUAUAAAGUUGUCACCUCACUUAGUUCAGGUGUAACUUGUCAGCCACCGUGCAGGGAAGGUGGUCAGCAUUAGGAGGCAGUUUUACUAGGCUGGUGCUUUGCAUGGUAGCGUACUACAGCCCUUGGUGAGCACUCUGGGUCAAAGUGUAGGCUAAAGUUAAGGGUACUGGCAGACUUAGGGAUGCUGGACAGACUUGUGGUUCCUUUUACAUCAUGUUUUGAUAGGAAUUUCCACAAUAACACACCCAUGUCUAUAGGUCAGACCAAAGUGCUUUCCAGUGCCAAAUAGAAGUUAUGUGUGGGUUUAACAAUUUUAGAUGAUUCAACUUCUGUUCCAUUACUGUAAACCAUAUGAACAAUUCCAUUACUGCAGAUAUUUAAGGAUCAACUUUAAUAAAUUCUGUGUUUUGUUUAAGGAAGGCUCCCCGUGGAUUUCUGCGUAAUGUUAAAGCUGAUCUUUGUUACCCUUUGAAAUCCCUUCAAGCUUUUGGAUGUUUUGGUGGUGAUUGAAUUAGCUUUUGGGAUAUCUUUCUCAGACUUGAACUUGCACUUAAUGGUUUUAGAGAUUAACAAAACUGAUUCUUUAAAAGGAAAGAAAUUAAGUCUACUUAAUUCUGCUAGGCACUCUUGCUACCUAUGUCAACAGUACUUUUGUAACUAUGGUAGUGAAGUCAAUAGAUAGGAAACUGAUGAUUCCUUCCCCCUUGUAAAAUUGGGAAAACUUGCUAACGAGGGACUAAAACUGUUGCCUUGAACACAGUCCCCAGUCUAGUUUUUGCCAUGUUUACAAUGAUUACUUCGUGUUUAAUUUCAAAAGAAUUCUCAGAUUCCACAGUCUAGGGGUGGUAAAUUUAUGUUACUUUUAUGCUUGAGGAAAGGAUAGUAUGGUGUGCAUACCAUUCUACAUAACAUAUAAUCAUAUGUGGUAAAGGCAUCUGAGUUAAUUUUGAAUUAUAUAUAGGAACUGCAAGUAUUUAAGAUUUGAAUCUUCUUAUACCUGCUGACAGACCCUAAGAGCCUGUGUUUUGUAAAACCUCUGCCACCCAAAUUAAUAAAAUGAAAAUAUUAACGUUGGUUUUGAUAACAGCCUCCUAGCAUUCAAACUGUACUUUAAAUAUUCAAACACACUGAUUGUAGCAAGCAAGCCUUUGACUUUAUUUUUAUCAAGUUCGGCUUACUUUUCUUUCAUGAGAUUUUUUUCUUCCGUAUUAAUUAAUAAUACAUAAUAAUUUGAAACUGGAACUAUAUUAUACUUUUUAACUAAUCUCUUGUGGCUGUACUCGUGUAAUUUACUUAGGUUAAUAUGAGAACUGGGGAUUAAGUUAUAACUAAUGUGCAAAACCACUUUGUAUAUUUGGUGAUUUUGUAAUGUAAGUGAAUUGGUUCAUAUUUCACUGAUAUUGUUAAUCAUGCAUAUACAGUUAAAAAUUAGGCUUCAUUUCCCUUUAGAAUUAAAUUUGAAAAACUCGACUUUAUGUAAUGGUGGUAUACAUGUGGAGUGAAGAACUUAUUUUUUCAUUUUGUCAAAAUAAGUAUUCCUGACAAGGCUUCAGGAAAUAUGCUGUUAGGAUAUUUUUAAUGUAUAAUAAAGUCCAUGAUUUUUUUAUAGUCUUUUUUGUAUGAAAUAUUUGAUAUAUACUCUGAAUUUUACUUCUCCAAGUAAUUUCAAAUGAUGCUUAUAAAACAAUUGGACUUUUUCUUAAUCUGUUAUGAUACUGUUAUUACACAUCUAACCCUAUUGCAAUUCCAUAACAGCUAAAAUGGGAAAAAAAUGUCACUUAUGGGGAAAUAAUACUAAUUCAUAUCUAGUGACUUUUUUCCUUUAGAAAAAUUAAGAGAAUUUUCAAUAAUUACCCUAGACAUGUUACAAUGUAUACUUGCUAUAUUGGGUCCUAUUCAAAGAAAUUCCUGUAAUUUAAAGGGUCAGGUUAUUGUGUACACCAGCUUAAGUGGCUUGGGCCUGUAGUUUUAAUACUAAUGCAUAUUCAUCCCCUGUGCUCUUUAUGGUUUCCUGUAGCACUUACCAAGUUCUGUUCUUCUACUGGCAGUUUGUUUUAAUUUGUUUUGAAUUUUGUAAAAUGUAUACACUUGUAGAAGGUCCAGGGAGUAGAUGAAAUUAACUUCAGAAUUAUGUAAUUUAUCUAGGUGCAUGUAUAUCUUAAAUAUAUUUGUGUAUCGACAUACAUAUAAUCUAGCACCCAUUUAUAAACAGACACCACAAUUUGAUUAAAAAAAAUAAAAACUAUUCAUGCCAGCUAAUUUUGCAAAUUUUUUAUGUGAAAACUGUAUUAUUAGUAAUUUUAAGUCUGUGCUUACUGAAAUAGUCUGUAUAGCCAUGAAUUCCUACAUUAGAAAGAAAUCAUAUAACUUCAGUUUCCUUAAGAAGGACUAUAUUAUGCUAAAAAAAAAAAGUAUGCUAAGACUAAACAUAUAAACAUCAAGCUAUAACUGACUGGGCCUGUGGUCAUCAUGCUGCCUCUCUGUUCUCUCUGUUGAUGUGCCAUAUAAUGGUACACAGGUAUGGCUGAAUGAAUGUCUUCUUAGUUUCCUUCCUCGCUUCCACAUACAGAAACCUGUACUUAAAUACAGCAUAGAAUAUAUAGAAAUAAAAUUUUAAACUAACACCUAUAACUGCUUCUAUCAGUGAGCCCUUCCUCUGUGUAUAGUAGUCGACUAGGUUCAGUACAGAAAUCAUAAGCCAUCAUCCAUUUGAAAACACUUGUAGUGAUCACAUUAACCAAUAAAUGGCAACCCUUAGCCAGGGUUUUAUAGGAAGAAGGAACGCAUGUAUCCCAUUAAUGAUGAAAUCGCAAUUGAAGGUUCUCUUUCAAUUAACUGAAUUACCUCAGUAAUGGACUCUGCAAGUAAACGGACAAUAAACUGGCCUUGGGACUUUUGUACAAGAACAGCUAAUUUUAGGGUCAUGUACUGGGGUCAAUACUUUAUUCACUGCAGUCACUAAGACAUUUUAUAUAUGUACUUCUCUAUAAGAAGGAUUACUGUUAAGAAUUAUGAAUUAUCAGAGGUAGCAUUUAUUAUUUUGAGCAUGUAGAAAUGUGGAUUUAUACAUUUAAUGUAAGAUGAAUACAGUAUUAGAACUGAUGUAUCUUAGUUAAUUGAAAUUUUUACUGUUUGGGUUUUAUUUUUACAAAACUGCCUUUCAGAAUGCCAGCCAUCUGUUGAGAGGCUAUGUUCAGAGUGACUUUUUAAAGAAUGUAGACUGCAUUGAGAUUUUAGUUGCUAGGUAAAGUGAGAAAUAUGAAUCAAUGUAACAAGUCACAUUUUAAGAAAGACAUCUGUGGAAUUAUAUACCUUUUCAUCCAGAAUAGUUUGAUUACCAGGUUCCUGUGAAAAUUCCUUGUUCAUAAAGGUCAUAUUCUUUGUAAAGGACAUAUGCCUUUAGACGAUUGGGUAACGGAAGAAAUGACAUGAAGAUGGGGCAGCGCAAAUGUAAACGUCCCAUACACUUCCGGAUCUUGAGGCGGCACAAAUGUUUCAGGGAGCGAGGGUUUGCUAAAAUGAAAAACAGGCACAUUAUCCAAAAGAAAGAAUUGCUUCAUUUUUUAGUGAUCUUUAGCAAAUGUAUUUUGUACUUAAGCCACCAAGAUUUUCAUUUGCUCUGACUAAAUGGAAAAGUUAAUUGGGAAAUAGCUUUCCACUUCUCACUGCAAAUCUCGUAGCUGUGGUUUCAGAGCCAUGUCACGUUAGAGUCCAAAGACUGGCAUCAGUUGUGGGUCUGGCCUGUGAGACCUAAAGCUCCUACACCUGUGGGUAUUAUCCCCCUGUCCUGCCCCUUGGGGUCAGGCUAAAAACUAAAGAUCACUACCUGUGGGGAAAUUAUAUGAAAGAAAUUCUUCUUAAUUUGACUUAUGUGCUACUGUGAAAGAAUUUGAUUUGAAGGGUCAUUUAAUAUCCUCUGUAGCCUUAGAUCUUAGCAUUUUCUCAUCCCUGUUUUAGUGCCAUUUCAUAGUUUUUAAUUCCUGUGUCUAUGGUGUUCCAUAGGAUCAGAAGAAAAGUAUUAUCUACCUAUGUAAUAAAUAAUUACCUAACAGAUUUUAUCUAUUGGGAAAUGGUAGUAAGUACAAAUUAAGUGUAGUUGUAAAUGGUAACAUUUUUUAGAUAGGAAUAGUAUUUUUCUUCGUUUCUUUAGGUCAAGCUUUUAACUGAAGAGAACAAUGUUCUACAAAAGAAAUAAGAGUUCAGUUAGUAUUUUUUGGUAAGAAUCGUCAAGAAAGAAAAAUACUCACUCAAGAUAAAAUGGAUUUCUGACCAGAGCCUCUGUUUUUGGAGCACAGCUUUCAACUUUGAACAGAUCCUAACUUGAUCAACAUAAUCAAGCAUCACUCGAACAACCUUUCCAGAGAGAUGUUGCAGCCAUGACAAAGUUAUUACUUCGCAGAACUGAGGAAGAAAAUCAGAACUAUGAAAGUAAAUGGAAAACUAAGUAUCUGUGGUUUAACACAGUAAUCAAAAGAACACUAAACUCGGAGUCAAGAACCAAGGUUUGAAGUUCCUCAUUUAUAAACUAAGGUGUUGAACAAGAAAAUAUUUCUUAGCUCUAACAUUUGGAAAAAUAUUUACUACCAAGUCUUCCAAACUUUAUAAGAUAACGAGGGUUUAAAACAGACUGUUACCUAAUAGCUUUUAUCCCCUUUGGUUGCCUGCAUGGCUGUGUGGAAUAAAGAUUACCUUUCCAGCUUCA